GUCCUACAGAGAACUCAGAAAAUGCUUGCCCUGUCAAAUCUACGUCUCCACAAGAUUGCUUCCAAUAAAGUGGAAGUGGUGAGUGCAUUCCCCCCUGAGGAUAGGGCCAAAGAUAUCAAAGAUCUCGAUUUAACAACAGAUGAGCUUCCAGUCCAGCGCAGCUUGGGGGUAAGUUGGAAUCCCACAACAGACACAUUCACAUUCCAUGUUCCACAAGAGCAAAAACCCUUCACUCGCCGGGGCGUACUCUCUACAGUGAACAGCUUGUUUGACCCUCUUGGUUUGCUUGCACCUGUAACCAUCAAAGGCAGACUUCUUCUCAGAGAGCUCUCCAGCAGCAAUCUUGAGUGGGACAGUUCCUUACCCCAAGACAUGUACGAUGGCUGGAGAAGGUGGCAUGACUCGCUGCGAAGUCUAAGAAAUCUGCACAUUCCCCGCCCCUACGUCACGUUCUCCAUCUCACAAGCCACAUUCAUUGAACUUUGUGUGUUCUCAGACGCUUCAGUGAAAGCCAUCGCUGCGGUAGCUUACCUGAAGGUCACACAUGAAGAUAGGCACAGUGAGGUCGGAUUCGUUAUGGGUAAGGCCAGACUAGCUCCUGUACCAGAACCGACCAUUCCUCGAUUAGAGCUGUGCGCCGCAGUGCUUGCUGUGGAGAUGUCAGAGCUUCUCACAGUAGAACUAAACAUAAAGAUUGACAAGACAACAUUCUACACUGACAGUAAAGUGGUGUUAGGAUACAUUAACAAUCAAAGCAGAAGAUUCCAUGUAUAUGUGAACAAUCGUGUACAGAGAAUCAAGCAGUCUUCCCUACCAGAUCAAUGGAGAUACGUCCCAUCAGAGCACAAUCCUGCUGAUCAUGGCUCUCGGUCUGUACCAGCAGAAAAACUCUCUGGUACUUCAUGGUUGUACGGCCCAGCAUUUCUUCUCAAUCAUGAGACUCUCUCCCCAGAAAAGGGUCCAUUUGAACUUGUCGAUCCAGAGUCAGACAUUGAAAUUCGACAUAAAGUCAAUGUGCUUGUGACCACAACUGCUCCGGGUGCCUUGGGUUCAUCACGCUUUGAAAGAUUCUCAAAAUGGACUUCCCUUGUCCAAGCGGUGGCCUACCUUCGCCACAUCUCCCACAGUUUCAAGUCUAAAGAUGGUGAUGCCUGUAGCGGCUGGCAUCUUUGUAAGGCUAGUCUCACAGAUGAAGCAUUAUCUGAAGCAGAGCACACGAUCAUCAGGUGUGUCCAGCAUGAAGUUUAUGCAGAAGAAAUAAAAUGCAUCAUGGCAAAACGAGACUUACCACGCAACAGUGCUCUUCACAAACUUCAUCCCAUCAUCGAUGGCAAAAACUUACUGCGAGUAGGAGGUCGACUUGCAGAGUCUGGCUUGCCGAGUCAUCAAGCUAACCCUCUUCUGAUACCAGGGAAGCAUCACAUUGCAACACUGCUCAUUCGACAUCACCAUGAAGCCACCCAGCACCAAGGAAGACACUUCACUGAAGGGGCUGUGAGAGCAAGUGGCUUAUGGGUAGUUGGGUCUAAGAGGUCUAUCAGCAGUGUAAUCCACAAAUGUGUCACCUGCAGAAAGCUUCGAGGUAGAACAGAGCAGCAAAUCAUGUCUGACUUACCUGCCGAACGCCUUCAGACGGACCCCCCAUUCUCUUAUGUUGGUCUCGAUGUAUUUGGACCGUGGGAGGUUUCAACACGCCGCACCAAAGGUGGUCAAGCAAACAGUAAGAGAUGGGCAGUCCUGUUCACUUGCAUGUCUACACGGGCUGUUCAUAUUGAAGUGAUUGAAACUCUGAGCUCUUCCAGUUUCAUCAAUGCUCUUCGCAGGUUCUUUGCGAUCAGAGGCCCCGCCAAGCAGUUGAGAUCAGAUUGUGGAACCAAUUUCAUCGGUGCCUCCAAGGACCUAAAGUUGCAUUCCCCAAAACCUGGUGAGACAAGUGUGGAUGACUACUUACGCAAGCAGAGGUGUUCCUGGGUGUUUAAUGCUCCUCACUCAUCUCACAUGGGUGGUGCCUGGGAGCGUAUGAUAGGCAUCUCACGACGCAUCCUAGACUCGAUGCUCCUACAAGCAGGAAACCCUACACUAACUCACGAGGUCCUGACAACGUUAAUGGCGGAAGUCACGGCUAUUAUCAACGCAAGGCCCUUGGUACCCGUUUCUUCGGAUCCAGACGCUCCCUUAAUCCUGACCCCCUCAGCUCUGCUCACCCAGAAGUUCGAUCUGAUCCCAACUCCACCUGGGGAUUUCACCAAGGCCGACAUAUAUACACGUCAGUGGAAGAGAGUUCAAGCCCUUGCUGACACAUUCUGGGCCAGAUGGCAGAGGGAGUACCUUCACAUGCUCCAAGGUCGUCAGAAAUGGCAGCGCAGCAAACCAAACUUGAAGGAAGGAGACAUUGUUCUUCUGAAGGACAAGCAACUAAAAAGAAAUGAGUGGCCUAUGGGUGUCAUCGUGAAGACACUUCCAAGCAGAGAUGGAGUUGUCAGAAAGAUGGAAGUGAAGGUGACACGUGACAAGAUUGCAAAGACAUUCUGUAGACCCAUUUCGGACUGUAUCCUUCUUCUGAGAGAUUGGUCUAACAUGUAAAUAGUGGCAUUCUUAAAAUAAUGCCAGGCGGGGAGUGUACUGGAACUGUUUGUAUGCUAUUUCUCCAGGCCUAUAGGGGGCGCAGGUUUGCACAGUUUGCUAUGUUGAGCCAAUUAGUUACUAGAAGAAGUGUGAUAGGAAGUGUUUGCUCAUGAGUGAAGCAAGACAUGGUGUGUUUCUUCUGAUCCAAAGCCAUCCACUCCGUUAAAUCCCUUUGAGUGGCAAUAUGAUUUCACACUUUUUUGCAUUAAAUCCUGUCCAAAUACAACACGUGCCUGUUCCUUGGAGGAAGUGAUGCAAGAGAGAGUUUAGCUGGCUGUGAAUCUCAAUAUAGGACACUGGGUCACAUUGGGUGCAACAGUACAGACCUAA